CCCGCCCUCGCCGCCGAUGGCCGCAGAGUCUCGGGCCCGAGGCGCGCGCGGGGUGCCGGGCCGGGCCGGGGCCGGAUGGCAACGUGGAGGCGGGACGUGCGGCUGACCGGCAGCCAGCGGCUGCUGUGCGCCGGCCUGGCGGGCGCGCUCAGCCUCAGCCUCACCGCGCCCCUGGAGCUCGCUACCGUGCUGGCCCAGGUCGGCGUCGCGCGAGGCCGCGCCCGGGGGCCGUGGGCCACAGGGCGCCGGGUGUGGCGGGCCGAGGGGCCCCGGGCCCUGUGGAAGGGGAACGCGGUGGCGUGCCUGCGCCUCUUCCCCUGCAGUGCCGUGCAGCUCGCUGCCUACCGCAAGUUUGUCGUGCUGUUCACGGAUGAUCUAGGCCAUAUUUCCCAGUGGAGUUCCAUCAUGGCUGGGAGUCUCGCAGGCAUGGUUUCCACCAUUGUGACAUAUCCUACAGACCUCAUCAAAACCCGGUUGAUGGUUCAGAAUAUCCUGGAACCAUCUUACAGGGGGCUCCUCCAUGCUUUUUCUACUAUUUAUCAACAGGAAGGGUUCCUGGCCUUUUAUCGAGGGGUUUCCCUCACUGUCUUAGGUGCUUUCCCGUUCUCUGCUGGUUCCCUUCUGGUCUACAUGAACCUGGAGAAAAUCUGGAACGGACCCCGCGAUCGGUUCUCUGUCCUGCAGAACUUUGCCAAUGUCUGCCUGGCUGCGGUGGUCACACAGACCAUCUCCUUUCCCUUUGACACCGUCAAGAGAAAGAUGCAGGCUCGAAGCCCCUGUCUUCCCCACUGUGGAGGAGUAGAUGUCCAUUUCUCAGGAGCAGUGGACUGCUUCCGGCAGAUAGUGAAGACUCAAGGAGUGCUGGGGCUCUGGAAUGGACUGACAGCCAACUUGCUGAAGAUAGUUCCAUAUUUUGGAGUUAUGUUUAGCACCUUUGAGUUCUGCAAGAGAAUCUGUCUUUACCAAAAUGGUUACACUGUGUCUCCUCUGAGCUAUAAAUUGACCCCAGGGGUGGACCAGAGUUUGAAGCCCCAAGAAUUACGAGAAUUAAAGAAGUUCUUCAAAACUGGAAACCUGAAGUCAAAGAAACCAACUCUGUAAAAACGGGGUGGACCUAAAGUGCACUGACUGAAGCAUGUUGCAGUCCCAGAUAAAUAGGCCUCUAGCUACACAUGAGUGCUCGAGAGGGUGCUCCUGUCUGCUGCUCUUGGAGAGGAGACAGUCUCGCUCUAGGCCACCUCAGAGCUCCAAAUUGACAUCCCUGCAAACACCUGCACCAUGAGGCAGCUUCCUACCACUACGGUGUCAUGAUGGCAUCCCACCAUAUUUUAUAACCAAAGUCUAACACACACAAAAUGUGUGCUUUAUACUCUGAACAAAAACAUGGCACCAAAGAAAGGGCAUUGCUGGAACACCUCCACAUGUAGUUGAAGUGACUGAGGAGAUGCCACAUUGUGAGCUCAGCCACUGGGCCACUCACAGUUGAGGCAAAGCUUAGACCAUCCAGCACUGGCCCAGUUGCACUGUUGACCUGAGGGGUCCCAGUACAAUCGUUCGUGCAUCAACUUUUACUGACCUGCAAGUGUACAUGCCACCGUAUAGAUAAGGCCUCAUCAGAAACUAAAUGAAAACGUUUAACAUUUUUUAAAAGAUGUAUUUAUUUAUUUGAAAGUCAGAGUUACACAGAGAAAGAGGAGAGGCAGAAAGAGAGAGAAAGAGGUCUUCCAUCCGAUAGUUCACUCCCCAGUUGGCUGCAACGGCCGGAUCUGCACUGAUCCGAAGUCAGGAGCCAGGAGCUUCUUUGGGUCUCCCACAUGAGUGUAGGGUCCCAAGGACUUGGGCCAUCUUCCACUGCUUUCCCAGGCCAUAAUAGAGAGCUGGGUCAGAAGUGGAGCAGCCAGAUCUCAAACCGGCACUGUAUGGGAUGCUGGUGCUUCAUGCCAGGGCAUUAACCUGCUGUGCCACAGCGCUGGCCCCUAACAUUUUUUAAGUUAUCACUAUCAUAAUAGAACCAUCCUUUAUUGAGGUUUAAAGCAGUAUCCCGGGCUUAGAAUCUGGCAUUCCAGGGAGGCACUUUUUAGCAUGACUGCUUAAUUAUACCCUCAGAGAUCUCCCAUACACAGUUCAGGCUGCCUGAUUCCUAACUUUUUAAACUUGCUUUGCAAGCCUACCCUGACAAUAAAUUAUUUAGUGAACUUAAGUUAUCUUCACAAGAUGUCCCAGUUGCCUAAAAUGGAUCAAGUGGAACAUUUGGCACACCUACCACAUAAAAUGUAACUGAAUAAAAACAGUUGCAUCUAAUUACCUAUACUAGAUUUUUUAAAAACCACACUCAGGAUUGUUCUACCUUGGAGAUUCUAUGGAAAGUUUAUGAAUAGUGUCUGUCUAAGCAUUAAAAAACACAUUGAGGGUUCGGCACUGUGGCAUAGCAGGUAAAGCUGCUGCCUGCAGUGUUGGCAUCCCAUAUGGGCACUGGUUCAAUUCCCAGCUGCUCCACUUCUGAUCCAGCUCUCUGCUAUGGCCUGGGAAAGCAGUAGAAGAUGACCCAAGUCCUUGGGCCCCUGCACCCGCGUGGGAGACCCAGAAGAAGUUCCUGGCUCCUGGCUUCUGAUUGGCACAGCUUUGGCCAUUGCGUCCAUCUGGGGAGUGAACCAGCAGCUGGAAGACCUCUCUCUUUGUCUCUGUCUCUGUCUCUCUCUUUCUCUCUGCCUCUCCUCUCUCUGUGUAACUCUGACUUUCAAAUAAAUAAAUAAAUCUUUUAAAAAAACACACAUUGAUUUCUGGGGGCUGGCAUUGCAGCACAGUGGGUUAAGCUGCCACCUGUGACACCAGCAUCCCAUGAGCACCAGUUCAAGUCCUGGCCGCUCCAUUUCUGAUCCAGCUCCCUGCUAAUGUGCCUAGGAAAGCAGCAGAUGAUGGCCCAAGUGUGUGGGUCCCUGACACCUGUGUGGGAGAGCCAGAUGGGAGUUCUGGGCUCCUGGUUUCAGCCUAGCCCAGCCUUGGCUGUUGUGGCCAUUUGGGAAGUGAACUAGUGGAUGGAAGAUCUUUUUCUCUCCCCCAUUCUCUCUAACUCUGUCUUUCAAAUAAAUAAAUAAAUCUUUUUUUAAAAAAACACAUUAAUUUGUAACAUUAAGUUGUUAAUUCAUACAUACACACACUUACACACGGAGGUUUUCAGUAUGUUGAAAGUAUUUUUCUGAUUAAAUUUAUACUCCAAAGAAAA